CUCUUCCACAACUGGUUCACUUCCUGUAGGGGCUGAAAACCAAGUGAGGAGAUGAAGGAUUGCACCGUACUACACCAGAGAAUACAGAGAGGAUAGACACCGCAGAUAGACCCUGACCAUUACCCAAGGAACAACUGCACAACUGUGGGUAGACAUCCAGUCCCUUCACAGCAUUGCUCAACACAGAGAAGGUUGGGCAGUGAAACCAUCAUUUGGACAUCGGUCAGGUCAGGGGAGCUUUGACAUAUCAUCAGAUUUGAAACUGGUCAGUGGUGUUGAGCCUUCCAUCAGAACCAAUCUUUCUGAAGGUUCGGCUGUGGGUGAUCGGUCAGGGUGAGGCUGGGAAGAAGUGUGGAGAGAGCUUCAAUCAUUCAUCGAGCUUCAUGGACCACUGACUCAUUCCUACAUGUGAGAGGCUGUUCAAGUGUGAGGUGUAUGAGGGGAGCUUCACAGGCUUCUAAGAUCUCCUUAUCAGCAGGGUGCAUCUGUUGAACAGUCACAUGGAAAGGAAACCAUUCAAGUGUGAAGUGUGUGCCCAAGACUUUGCACAGUCAUCGAGGCUCUUGAAACACCGACGCAGGCACACUAGGGAGAAACCAUUCAAGUGUGAGGUUUGUGACAAAUCAUUUUCGCAGUCAUCAAAUCUCCACAGACACCAGCGCAUUCACACAGGGGCAAAGCCAUUUACAUGCGAGGUUUGUGACAAAUCAUUCUCAGAGUCAUCGCACCUCCGCGUACACCAACGCAUGCACACUGGGGAGAAGCCUUUCACAUGUGAGGUGUGCAAGAAAUCAUUCUCGGACUCAUCGACCCUCCGUAGACACCAACGCAUUCACACAGGAGAGAAACCGUUCACAUGCGAGGCGUGCAGCAAAUCAUUUACGUACUUAGCAACCCUGCGCGUACAUCAACGCAUUCACACAGGAGAGAAGGCAUUCACAUGUGGUGUGUGCCACAAAUCCUUUUCGCAGUUAUCGAAUCUCCACACACACCAACGCAGUCACACAGGUGAGAAGCCAUUCACAUGUGAGGUUUGUGACAAAUCAUUCUCAACGUCAUCGAACCUCCGCGAACACAAACGCAUCCACACAGGGGAGAAACCAUUCACGUGCAAGGUGUGUGAAAAAUCAUUUUCACAGUUAUCAAACUUCCUCAUACAUGAACGUAUUCACACAGGGGAGAAACCUUUCAAGUGUGAGGUGUGUGACAAAGCCUUCUCACGCUUAUCAAGCCUCUUGGUCCAUCAGAGGAUCCACACAGCAGAGAAACCCUUCAAGUGUGUUGUUUGUGAUAAACCUUUCGCCACAUCUACGAGGCUCUUGACACACCAGAGAAUUCACACAGAGAAGUAAUCCUUCUGGUGUGAGAUGAGCGACAGUCUUCAGAAACUUAUUGAACCUCCUGCUCCAUCAGAGGAUUCACAAAGGGGAGAAACAAUUCAGGGACAAUGUUUCUGACAGAGCUUUCAGCCAAUCCUCUGACCUCCUGAAGCACCAGAGAAUCCACACUGGUGAGAAACCAUUUAGGUGUGAGAUGUGUGACAAGCCUUGCACUUUGUGAAACCCACUCACAAAGGGGAGAAACCCUAUCGGUGAGAGUUCUGUAAUAAAGCCUUCACACAGUCGUCGAACCUCCUGGAACAUAAGAAAAGCCACUUCAAAGACAAACCUAGCGUGAGGUGUAAGAAUUCAGACCUGAUUAGAUUUGAGGAGUUGUUGCUAUCCAUAACCAACUUAACUUUUAAAUCCCAAGUUCACAAUGGUCCUGUUGAGCUGACCUACAAGGUACAAUCAUCGAGAGAAAGAGAGAGACAAACAGGCAUGGUAAAUAAGGUAAAAUUAUGCAGUAAGUGUUAAAUAUACUUAACAAGCUGUGAAGACAGCAUGGACAAACCCUCAAAGAGCACGGAGCCUCUUGAGUACUGACAGCACAUUUGAAGUCUUUCUCUUCUGUUGAUGUUGCCCACCAUGGGUCACUAUCUGCCCCUCAGAAGAGUGUUCCGCCAGAAGCCCUGAUAAUGCUGUGUCGAAGAUGUCUCGGAAACCCCAAUAUUUAUCCCGAAUUCUGAGGCUCCUUGUGCCAUAUUAGGAUAUGGCUUGUAUUAACCCUUUCAGUUGAUUAAAAGUUAGAUCACCAGCUUUCUCCCCACCUACAUGGCUCAAGUCAAGUAAACAGGAACUGAAAACAAAUGCUCAUCCUUUGUACUCAAUUGUACUUCUAAAUGUUACCUGAAUAAAAGUACAAGUGGAAUUCCCAUAAACCCAUGAUACAUCCUUAUCAAAAAAUUUGGCUAGCUGGUCUUCUCAAGUUGUUUUCACACACACACACACACACAGGAACUAGUCAUGCAUGUCCUAAAAGCCAUUAGUACCAGGUGUUAACGGUGUCUCUCGCGGUGAAACAGGACAGAUAAAAAAACAAAUAUGUCUUAAAUGACUGAUUCAGUUGACCUACCUAAAUGAUCAGUGUAUUGGAAGACUAUUCUCAUUAAAAGGUAUGUGUGUUGUA